AUGAUUCUGGGGUCAUUAGCACUCAUGAACAACUCAUCGUUGAAUGAAAAUAUAUCACUGUCGUUCAAAAAUAUCUCCAAGGGGAAACCUUCUCUGUGCUAUGCCGAUGAUCUAGCGACAAGUUUUAAGAGAAAUAAAAGAAACGGUAGUGGCACUCUUGUAACACACAACCAUGUUGAUCAUAAAUUGAGGACUAGAUCAGUAUCAAAUCCUGUGACACCAUCCAUGAGUGCUGUGAUAUCACAGAUUAAACAGAUGUCAGGGGAACCAAUAAUUGGUAAACAAUCUUUAAGAAGAAGUUUUAGUUCCGUACCGAAUUCUGAUUCUAGAGAUAUUUCUUUAAUAGAUAGAGAUGACAAUGAUGAUAAUAUAUAUAUACCGAAAAGGAAACAUCGAAGUUCCAAUGAUAACGACUCUAAAAACACUGAACUAUCACACCCUUUAUAUUCUGGCAAUAGUUUAGAACAAUUGCACAUGAUACGAAAAGACCCAACUAUGAAAUUUUUUAAUGUCAAUGAUCUAGAUUUACAGGAUUCGUUAACUCCUGAAGAUAUCGUACAAAUAAUACCACCCAUAUAUGUUAGACAUAAAUCUGAUAGGAAACUUCCAAAAAAGUUACCAUCAGAAAAGAAGAUUAUUCAAGAAAAUACAAAAGAUCUAGAGUUGGAGGUAUGGCCUGAUUCCGUUGAUCAACGAGAUAAAUCUACAGUCACGUCGACUACAGGGAUAGAUUUAUUACCAGAUAAUAAAAAAAUUAGACAGAGGUCAAUGAAUCCAAAUUUUUUAAAAUUAUUAGCUAUUGAAAGGCGAAGUAUAGACAAAAAUAUUCUUCCUGAGGUCCAUAUCGACAAUCAAACGUUUAAUAGUCUCUCUGUCCACCCUGAUACUCAAGUAGUUGAUUCCUUAGAUUUUAACGACGAUGUUCGUUUAGCUAUCAAGACCAAAUUAAAGUUAUGGAACGAUCUUGGUCGUGGAAGUUUACGGAAUGAUUUAUAUGGCGAUGCAGUUCCUUGGAACAUGAAAUUUAUUCCCUCUGAUACCCAGGACAAUGACAAUGUUGACAGUUCACUAGUAAGGAUGAACUCCACAUUAAAACCAUGGUGUAAUGAUAGUACUGACAUACGAGAACACGGAAUGUUGAAACCAUGUGGACGCUUCACCAACGGGUCUCAAUAUGUAGUGAAGGGCUGGUGUGACAGUAGAUUUAUCCAAUAA